CAUCAAUUCAGACACAGAUUCAUCGCCGAUCGGCUCACUCUGCUCACCGCCGUCACCCUCUCCUCACCGCCGCUGAUCUGUUAGCUUCUCCUCUCCUCACCGCCCCUCGCUACUGUGCCGAUCUAGCCUCUCCUUCCCUUGCCGAUCUCAUCUCCUCUUCUCACUGCCGCUGAUCUUUGUAGAAAAUGGUCAAAGGAAAAAGACAAUGGCUGAAACCAGGUGAUUUGAGAACUAAGAAGCUAACAGAAUAUGAGAAAUAAAGAAAUAAGCGAAUCAAGAAGAACUAUGAGGUAAUGAACAAUCUUGGAGUGAAGAAUAUUACAAAUUCUUCGAUGAGUGUGGUUCAGCCCAAAUGUGCAAAUGCAAAGGAAAAGGGAAUUAGGGUUGAGGUAGAUGAUGAUGAUGAGUAUAAUCCGUCAGAGAGUGAGAACGAUAGUGAUAACGAGUCAUUGGGUUCCUUUUAUCGCAAGGAACAAGAGAUGCCACCGGGGUUACGUUUACAGCCUUAUUCGAGGCCAUUAACUCCCACCCCAGAAGAAGGGAUGGAUCCCCCACGUCAAGAGAUUGGUACCCAACCCUUACCACCUCAUAAUGUGCAACCUGUGCAUGAGGUGACUGCAUCUAGUAGUGUUGCAUCACAUGACAGACGUGGUCGUGGUCCAACACGCGGCAUACAAACCCAACGCAUUGUCCAGAAAAAUGGAAAGAUGUUGGUUCCUGUACCUGAACAUUUCCGUGCGCCAGUGGGAGAUCAAGCCUCUAAGUUGGCCUCCAAGAUUGGCAUAGAGGUUCGAACGCAAUUACCAGACUUGAGCAUUUGUAGGUGGAAUAAGGUUCACGAUGCUGAUAAGAAGCCGAUGAUCCAACGCUUGGAGGAUCAGUUUGAUCUACAAGGCAAUCCGAGUGAUGUAGCAAGGACUUUAAACACACAGUUUGGUCGGCGAUUAAGUAGCUUCACCUAUAGGUUGCACAAACAUUACAAGCAACUUAAGGAUGCAAGAGGGGAGGAGUACGCGAGAAGCCACCCACCUACAAGUGUUACUCUUAAUCAAUGGGCAUCUCUAAUUGACAAGAAGUGGAAUAGUAAAGAAUUCAUGGUAUAA